AUGGUCGACCAGUCUGAAAGAGCCUUCCGAAUCCUUUGCAGAAGGUACGGGGUCCAGCUGGCAUACACGCCAAUGCUGCAUGCUGAGCCAUUCGCUACAGACGACGGGUACCGAAGGACAUACUUUGACGCGUGGGAAGCAGCAGCCCUGGGGGUUGCGAAAGAUGUGGACCGGCCGCUCAUUGCACAGCUUGGUGGGGACGAUCCGCACACUUUGCUGCGUGCAGCUCGCAUUUUGGAGCCUUAUGUCGAUGCGGUGGACAUCAACUUCGGCUGUCCGACAGAGGAUGCGCGCAGGGGUGGUCACAAAGCUCACUCACCUCGCUGCCGCAGAUACGGAGCUUAUUUGCUACGCGAUUCUCAGCUGGUGGCCAGAAUCGUGAAGACGGUUGCAGCGGGACUCCGGAAUAUCCCGGUCACGGCAAAGAUCCGCCUUCUGCAAAGUCGUGAGGCAACGCUGCAGCUAGCGAUGGCAAUCGAGCAAGCAGGGGCCGCCGCUCUUUGUGUUCAUGGCAGAACGAUAACACAACGGCCAAAAUAUGCAGAGCGAGACGGUUUGCGGGAAGCAAGUUUGGCGCCCAAUUGGGAAGCCAUUGCUGAUGUGCGGAGAUCUGUCGGCAUUCCUGUGAUUGCCAACGGAGGCAUCGAGACCAAACACGAUGCAGCUGAUUGCUUGGAGCAGACACGGGCAGCGGCGGUCAUGUCGGCAGAAGCUUUGUUGGAGGAUCCCGCACUUUUCGACGACGCUGUGGAGACUGUGAAGGAUCCGAAUGCCGACAUUGCCCGGAUGCUUCGACUUGGGCGAGAGUUCCUGGAAUUGGCAGAGACCUUCAACUGCCCAUUGAAGUACCCUCCCACCAAGUCACACCUUUUCAAGAUCCUACAUCGGCUGAUUGGAGCUGACCAGGCGACAGCACGUCGCAAGGAGGCGGCGGGGCUGCCUCUCUCCAAGCAGGAGGAGUUGAAGCUCGAACUGAUGCGGUGUCCAGUUUCAGAUUUCACCUCGAUCCGACGCGCACUUGAUGUUAUCGAGGCAAGCUAUGCCCAGAACUCUGAGCCAUUGGGCGUAUCAUGGUAUCGCCGCUGGAGAAAAGGUCUCCUGGUUCAUGGAACAUGCAGUGCUAGAAACAGAUACUGCUUACACUUCAGCAAGCAUUGGUUGUUGCAGCUCCCUGGUUUGACUCAAGUUUUGGUUUCCGUGGGUUUUUGA